UCCGGAAUGAAUUUCGUCAACAAACGUUAGCUUGCGGUUUCGUAUCAGCUGGACCUGUCAGCAGUGUCAACGGCCUCUUUAGUUGACCUAGAAGCCCCAAAGCAGUCAUGGCCACGGUGCAGUGUGUGUUGCUGCUCGCCCUUCACAUCCUGCUCAUCUCCGAGUUCAUACUGGCCAAGAGGGACUACUACGAUAUCUUGGGGGUACCCAGAGACGCCUCGGAGCGCCAAAUCAAGAAGGCCUUCCACAAGCUGGCCCUCAAGUACCAUCCGGACCGUAACAAGGACUGGGACGCAGAGGCCAGGUUCAGAGAAAUAGCGGAGGCCUACGAGACAUUAUCAGACGACAAGAGGCGGCGAGAGUACGACCGGUUCGGCCACGGCCCGUCGUCGCGCGGAGGAAGCGCAAACUACGACUUCCGGCAGCACUACCGGUCGUUCAACUUCCACGACAUCUUCAAGGACUUUGACCUUUUCAGUCAGCAACAACACUUCCACUCCCAUCAUCAAGCCCACCGGAAGAGGUUCUUCCGGGAGGCUGCGGGGAACCAACCGAGGCGGCCCUUCGGAGGAGGAGGAGGGGGACUGUUUGAUGACAUGUUUGAGGACUUGGAGAAGAUGUUCUCCUUUAACGCACAUACUUCCAGGAGUGGCAGCAGAUUCCAGCGCUCAGUCAAGCAGCACUGCAGGACAGUGACGCAAAGGCGGGGCAACAUGGUGACCACCUUCACAGACUGCUCCUGAGGGAGGAGGGGGGACUCUGACACUGCUUGGUUUCGUUUUGAAAUUGAAUGCCAAUUUAUCACGUGGCUUUUGGUGACUUUCAGUAUGAGAUUUGUACUCAAGGAACAAAGCCGGGUUGAGGUCCCUUCCAUUUAGGUCAGCUUGUUUACUUGCUCAGGAAUCUGCAUAAGCGUGUGCAUUCUUUGCUCUCGACAAGCUGCACUGGUGUAUUAUUUUUGUGUGAGACUGAAUAAGACGACGUACUAUUUGAAUUUACAAAAACAAGCACUUAUGUUCUAUUUUGCUGGAAAUGUUUUGGGAGUUCACUAUUUUCAUGUUCAAAACAAAAACCUCAAGCUGAUCAUGUGCAAUAUUUAGCACCUUUUGCUCUUCUUGUUGCCUACUAUUCAUAGACAGUGCUGUUUGAAUAAUCAUUGUCAAAAUGUCUGCACUUUGUGUGUGUGUGUGUGUGCGCGCGCGUGUGUGUUGAUCGAUUGGAUGACGUUUGAAAAUGGAAUAAAAAAUAAAAAAAA